GAAUUUUAAUCGGCCCACAGCUGUGCUCUGUGUCAAUUUGCUACAUUUUUUCUAUCGAGAAGCGGCCGCCGACGCAAACACAAGCAAAAGAAAAAGGAAGAGAAAAGGGCAACAGAUAAGAGAUACGCUUGAAACUUUUGUAUUUUUUAUACCAAGCAAAAAUAAAAAACACAAACGAAGAUGACUGAUUUGCGAAACGAAAUGGACAGCGAUCUGGAUCAGAACUAUUCGUUGAACAGCAAUGCGGAUCCCAAGAAUAUGCAAGAGCUAACAAUUUACGUGCAAAAUCUCUUGCAGAACGUUCAGGAUAAAUUCCAAACGAUGUCCGAUCAGAUAAUCACACGCAUCGAUGACAUGGGCAAUCGUAUCGAUGAUCUGGAAAAAAGUAUCGCCGAUCUAAUGAAUCAGGCGGGCGUCGAGGGACCAGGUCCAGAAAAAUAAAAUUCAAUGGCUCUCCAACUGUCUCUGAGAGAUGUAGAAAACGCCAAAGUGAAGCGCGGGGGGACAUUUAAAAAUAUCAAUUAGUGCAAGUGCCACGCCCCUUAUCAGAAUGAAAAUGAAAAAAAGGCAUCAGCAACUCACACACACGCAUGCAUAUACAUCGAAAAAAACUCACUUAACUAGAAAACUAUAAAAAAUACAAUUCCAAUUUCAUUCAUGUUUCAUUCACCUUGCAAUUGCUCUUAAACUGUACACACAAUUCACACACACACACACAAAAGCCACCAUUUUGCUCACCUAUUUUUGCAUAGUUUUAAGUUUGUCAACAACUAAAAGAAAAACCAUUAAUUUAAGUGAAUUUUGCAACAAUCAUUGUUUUCCUGGAGCAAAAAACGGCACCAAAAUUUGGUAUUUUUGCCCAUAAGUUUUUAUUAUAAUUAAAGAUCGAGAAUUGUACACAAAAAAAACCAUAUAACGAAAUUUUUAAGUGUAGUUCAGAUUUGGGCACCUACAUAAUGGCUCUAAAACUACGGAAGUAUAGAUCUCUGGUUUGAUAUUUGAGGUCUAAUUACGGACUCAAUUUUUACAAAUUUGAUUUUUUCCACAUAUUGAAGUAAUUAAUUUUUAAUGCCUUAAAUGUAAAAUGACAUUUUUUUAAACAGUUACAUUUAUUGAUUCAUGUUUUAAACAUUUUUGAGAGUAAUAUUUUCGAAAUAAUUUAUGGAUAUUCUAGUCCAAUUAUUAAUGGCAGUAAAUAUAGAAGAUAUUGAUUUUUGAACGCAAAAAAAA